UGGAAAGCGAAGAAAUCAGUAGCCCGUUUCUGUAACUUUUCUCUACCAAUUAUUUCUCUACUGGUAGAGAAAAUACGUCACUCUCACCUACUAAUUAGCAGUAGAGAACAGGGCGGCGAAUUCAUAUCUCAAUUCGCCUCGGUAGAGAAUUGUUACAGAAACGAGCUACAGCUGAUUUUACGACACCACCUUGUAUAAAUUCGCCUUACAUCAAACACACCAUUUUGACCAAGAAAAAUCGUCAAUUACAUGCAACUAAAUGGGUGGGAAAAGUUACUAUUGCGAUUACUGUUGCUGUUUUCUCAAAAAUGAUAUUAAUGUGCGUAAAACGCACAAUUCUGGUUUAUCUCAUAAAAUGGCCAAAGUCCGCUAUAUGCGUCGAUUCGAAGAGCCAAGGAAAGUGCUUGAGGAGGAGCGGAACAAGCAGCCCUGCUUUCGCUUUUUAAAUGGCAUGUAUUGCAAAUUCGAUCUAAUGUGCAAUUCAUCCCAUUUCAACGAAGAUCAGCUACAGCACUUACAGAAAAUAGCUGAGCGUGCAGAAAAAACUAGAAAACGAAAAUUCUCUAGUAAAUCCACAAAGGGAUCGGAAAAUAUAUUACAAUUUCCUUGGCCCAAUGUCCGGGCUAAUAAUAAAAAGAGAAGACGCAGGAUCAAACGUCUGCCAGAGUCAUUACAACCCAUUAACUUCAAUCGAAUGAAUAAAGCUUAUCUGGACAUUGAAUGGGGGUAAAAAAAAAAUUCGGAGAUUCAAUAUAAAUAAA